GACACAAGAAUGAUGAAUAAGAGUAUUGUGGGAAUUUGAAAAUAAAAAUCUGGAAUUUCAUAAUGGAACAUGUGGGCUGUGAUAAAUGCACUGACUGACGGGUGUAUACGAGUUUAUAACCAAAUGAAUAAAUUAUAAUAAAUAAAUUUGUGAAUUCAAGUACAUUUAUGCUAUGCAUUAAAGUUAAACGGGAUAAUAAAUUAACCGCAACGAACCAGAUGGUAAUUACUAACGCGAAUCAAGCAACAUUCCCAUAAUUUCCUUCGCACUGCUCAAGGAGCUAAUAGUAAACGCGCUCAAAUAUAUUUUGGUUGCUUAGAAAGAAUCGCUAAAAGAAUAUCACAAAAUGGCGACACUUCAGAGUGCGUGCAUGAUUUUGUUGCUCGCUGCAGUGGUUCAAUGCAAGGACAAUUUGCGCGUUGCCUACGAAUGGAAAGAGAUGGAUUUCAAAUACGAGAAUGCUGAGGCUCGCUGGACUGCUAUUGAAAAUCACGAAUUUCGUCCGGAUAAUGUAAUACCCUUUGGACUGGAAAAGUAUAGGUCACGCAUGUAUGUUGCUUUGCCGCGGUGGAAAAAUGGUGUACCAGCUUCGUUGGCUUAUUUCGAUACCAGUGAUCAAUCUACCAAAUCACCAUUACUUAUCCCUUUCCCCAGUUGGCAGGCACAUAAUCUUGCCGAACCAGACCCAGAGCUGGUUUCACCUUUUCGCAUACGUGCUGAUCGCUGCGGUCGUCUUUGGGUACUCGACUCACGUAUCGCAGGCGUUUUAGAGAAUACAACAAUCUUUGGACCCGCUCAGCUAUUGGUAUACGAUUUGCAUAAUGAUGAUCUCUUGCGCCGCUUCAAAUUUCCUAAUGGUCAUAUAAAGCAAGGUUCAUUCUUUGCAAAUUUGGCUAUAGAGGACACUGAUUGCGAGAAUAGCUUCGCAUAUGCCGCUGAUUUGGGUGCACCCGGUCUAGUUGUAUACUCAUGGAGUCAAGAUGAUUCCUGGCGCGUACAACAUAACUUCUUCCAUCCCGAUCCUCUAGCAGGAAACUACAGCAUAAGCGGCAUAGAAUUUCAAUGGGAUGAUGGCUUAUACGGUCUGGCACUAUCGAAAGCACAACCAGAUGGCUUUGCCACGCUCUACUUUCAUCCACUAAGUUCAACAACCGAGUUUUCAGUUAGCACCAGUUUACUAAGGAAUAAAACCUUAGCGACUUCAAAUGAAAUCUAUCAUGAUUUCAAAAUAUUGGGAACACGUGGCUCGAACGGACAAUCGGGCGCGGAAUUCGUCGAUCCGCGUACUGAAGUGCUAUUUUAUACUCUGCCAAAUGUCAAUGCUUUAGAUUGUUGGAGCACAACGAAUGCGGAGUAUUCCAGCGAUUCUCAAGGUCGCAUUUACUCCAGCGCGCAGGAGUUAGUAUUUCCCAGUGAAGUGAAAGUCGAUGCCGAAGACAGAUUGUGGGUGCUGUCAAAUAAAUUACAAGAAUUCAUUUAUGAUGAGCUCUAUCCGGGCAGUGUUAAUUACCGCAUACUGACGGCGAAUGUGGUGGACGCCAUUGAAGGUACGGCGUGUGAUACGAAGAUGAAACCGUUGCCAGAAAUUGUGGAAAACGAAUUGGACAAGAUACUGGAUACAGUGAUAAAUAAAACAAAUGAUAUCGCAACUGGCGGUGUGUCAGCGAGUACCUUUAGUAUAAUCUUAUUUAUAACGGCUGUUUUAUUGAGUGUAAGUUAACUAAAUACAUACAUAUUUGCACAAUAGUAUACGAACAAAAGUUUGUGUGUAGUGAAGAGAAUAAUGUAUUGUACAUUUGUAAGUAUAUAUGUACUCGUAUAUGUAAGUUAAAUGUAUUUAUAAGCUUAAAAAUAACAGUAUGAAGACAUAAAAUUUUGUGCAUAACGUCUGUACGGCAGCAAUAACAAGAGAACUUAAAUAAAUCAAUUUUAAAUAUUAAAA